AUGUCAAACUACGCAACGCAUGCGCUCCCCAAGAUCUCUAGUGCGGGGCUCACGCCAGACAACGUGGCCCUCGAACUCAAGUCGGCGAGCAUACUCCGCUCCCAGGUCGACAAACUGGCCGACUGCGUCUCGGAAACUUUGAUUGGUACGGCGAGAGAGAGGAUCUCUGGGUACGAGGCCUGGAUCAAAGGGUCCCGGGGUCCGGGGAGAGGACGGGCCACCCAAACGGUUCUAGACAUCAUUGACGAAAUCGACUUCAGGAAGAGAUACCUCGGAAAUCAGCUGACACUCUACCAGCUUCAGAAACAGCAAGAAACCGAGAAGCCCCGUGCGCCGGGAUCCCAUACGGCCAAACUACAGGCUUACAAUGAAAUCAAGGAUAUUGCGCAGGAACUGAUGGGCCUCGUGGCGGACAAUCGUAAUGUCACUAUUAAGACGUUGUACGAGAGCAACGAGUUUGGUGUCUCCGCGGCUGACUAG